AUGCAUGCUGAGGUUGCUAUGGUUACAGUUCGGCCUGCACAAGCACGGGUGACGAAUGCCUCUGUUGCUACUUCGGUGUUCAAUUUCAUUAACUAUAGAAACCUGUCGGAGACGUGGUUUGCUGCUACAGUUUCCAGUAACACAACAGGGCUUCUCUCUGCUCUGCUGGUUGCCUUCUGCACUUGGGAGGCUGCGACCUUGCUGUUCCUACCAGGCAAAAUGGAUGAAAUUUACAAGAUCUCUUCCACUGAGAGGGUCCAGCAGGUGGAAAAGGAACUAGCUGUACAGCUGGAAGAACUAAAGACAGAAAUAGAGGGAAAUGGCGAUCUGCAGGGGACACGGUACUGUUCUGUCCCCCUCCCAAAAGAUGUUGAUUACUUCAGAAGAGAAAGGGAAUUGGCGCUGAAGAAAUGUUUACAAGUAGCAGAGGCAAAGCCUCUUGUAAUUCAGGCUGAUCUCAUGCAGAGGGAGCUAGAGAUCUGUCUAAAAAGAGAAUAUACAUUUGAAAGCUUACCUUUGUUACUGCACCAGUUUUUUACAGACAGAAUCACGCAGCUGGUCCAAAGCAAAUAUUUACACAUGCUUAGAUGGAAAAGAUUUUGUCAGCACAGCAGUGUUAUUGAGCAAUUCUAUCCUUUGUACCAGAAACAAGUGGCUCAUAUUAUGCAGGAGUACAAUGAUGCUGUUCAAAGGGCAGCAAGAUUGUCAAGUGCCCGGGAGAAUUUCCUGGCAGGAAGGGAAAAUCCUACAAAUUUAGUGACCCAAGAAGACCUGGCUAUUUACACACAGUGGCUAGUAUGUCACCUGCACUCACUUAAGACCAUCCAUAGCUACCUUCAGGUACUCCAGUACUUGCCUGUCUCUCAUAGAAUUGAAAUUAACAGACAUCCUGUCUGGGGUGAUGGUGAUAAAUUAAAAGCUGUUGGCAAAACUGUAUAUUUGUCUCCCAGUAUCCAGCUCUCUAUUCACUCUGACACAUCGGCAGCAGGUGUUUAUUAUUGCCCUCUUAUAGGAUUCCAAGCCAGGGGUGCCACCUGCACACUUCCCCAGCACACUGCAGAAAUUGAGGAACUAAAGCCUCAACUCAGACUCUUACUUUCUCAAUUUCGUAUCAGCUAUGAUGUGGAAGACCUGAAACAUUCUGCUGAUGAGAUGGAACUUUUUUCUAUGGUCAUGCAUGAGUUUAGAAGCCUUUUCAGGAAACAACAGACAAUGAGAACAUUUCCUGUUUAUGAUGCUGGAACGCCUGGAUCAGAAACCUGGGGUAUCAGAGACCCCAACAUGGCUUUGAAAAAGAGAGCCAACUGGAUUCCUUUCAUAAAGAUUAAACCUCAUCAAGAUCCAUGGCAGCAAAAAAUGUUCAGGAAACUGAAGCAUCGGAAGAAGGUUGAUGAGCUGCUGCAGAUUCAGUCAAAAUUUUUAGAGGUUUCCAAUCCAGAACGGGUGAUGGAGGUUCUUCAGGAGCAAGCAUCUGCAGUGCUAGAGCCAAGAUCAAUGACAUCAGCUUUUAGUACUUUUACACCUUUUAAUUCACAACAAUAUGAUCAAAUCUGGAACAAGAUUUACCACAACUCUAGAUUCCAUCAGGAGAAAACCAGUGAUGAUGUUGAUAAUCCUACCAUGGCAACUGGUGAGAAGGAUAUGGGACAUCCCAACUUUAACAAGACCUCCACUUUUUCAAGAAAGAAAAAAGACACAAGUUACACAACGACCUUGCAGCUGCUGGGGUUAGAUGAGGACAUGGAGGCCGACAGCAAGGGGCUUCCCAUGAGGAAAGGAGCCUACUUAUCUCUCCUUCUUUUGCGUCACUUGCAAAUCCGAGAGCUGCAGAGAAUUUGUUUGGGCAUCCUCAACUACUUCAGAUCCGUUGAAAGAACCCUAACCAUCAGCACCUCGGGUCUUGCCUUGAGUGCCGGCCAUCUGGUCUCCACUGCUGAAGAUUCCUGUUGGGUAAAUGCAGCCAAAGGGGGCAGAGGUGCCUAUGGUGGUCUUGGUUCACACCCCUAUGUGCAUUAUACACCAGCUGACUAUAAGGUUCACAGUGUGCAGUUUAUGGAGUUUGCAGAGGUAGAAAACCAUGAUGAUUUUUACACCACAGAAGACAUGUAUGUCCACACCCAGGAUCAGCGAGGGGCUUUUGUGAUGUACGAUGUAGCCAUCCAGGACCUGAGAGAGCUAGAAAAGCAGCUUUUGCUUGUGGCAACCCAGUACAUUGAGGCAGGGAAAGGUCACAAAGCAUGCCGUGAUUCCAGUAAUAGCAACUACUCAGCCUGGGCUCAUGCAUCAGUGGAUCGAUCUGCAGUAAUCCUUGACCUUUGGACUUGUGAAACAGCUUUCUUAGAAAAUAAAUGGCAGCUUUUGAAUAGUUACUUUGAAGCAUAUCAACAUGCAUUAGAUUCAGAAGAAAGAUUUGCUUUGGCCCAAGUUGUAACAGACAUCAUGUACAGACGCCCUCGAUUUGAUUUCCAUCUUGGGUAUUUUGUGAACAUCUAUAAAGAUGAGUGUGCUUGCCUUGAGCUUCACCUACAGCUGGUGAGAGGUGUUCUGAACAAACAGAUAGAUAACCAACGUGAAUAUAACCACAGGAUUUGGCGUGAUGGUCCCAAAGGUGGCACCUGUGAAUUUGGUUUCCCCCCAUAUAUAAUUGCAAAACAAUUAAUUGCUAUUAAUAACACCCCUUCGGCUUUGAAGAACAUUUAUUUGCUCGAGUUCCACCCUUCCCUUGGCCUAGUAUCUUUAGUUCCUAAAGCUCUGGGUCAUAUCCUCCAGGAGUUCCAGCAAAGCUGUAGGCCAAAGACAGCCAGGGAGGCAAUUAGUCUGGAAAAACAUGUACUUCAACUUGCCCUGGACACAUGGCUGACCAUGGAACAGCCAGAGUCUUUCUAUGGCUCUCAAAUUCAGAAAGAUUUAUUCACAGAAGUUCUGGUUGAAGAUCCUGGUCUUGUAAGAGAGAUUGCUAUGUCAGCACUGAAAUCAGCAGAAGAGGGGAAGCAGAAACAGGGUAAUGAAAAGCAAGAUUUUAUUCUGAACAUCUUUUCAAGGCUCCUUGAACUUCUGACCCUCCGCCAUCGAUUGAUAGAGGCAGCGGUAGAAAGUGCACAGCUGCAGAGACUCUACAAAGAAUUUGCAGGAGAAAUGGGAUUUGAUGAGUUCCAUUUAUACUUAAGGCCUGUGCACUUUGAAUUUGCAACUCACAAAGAGAAAGCAGACCAGCCCUCACCAAUAUUUGUUACUUCUCUUCUGGAGCAUCGUGAUAGUAGUGUGGAUAGAUAUGUUCCGUCCAGCUUAAUGUUAAACAUCCAUGAUAUUGACAAUCAAAUUGGAAAAUUUAGCUUUCGUACAAGAGACAGCAUUCUUCAGCUGUUACUGAAGUCCCAUGGAAUAGAAAACCUUCAGAUUGCUCUCGCCUGCCAAGUCACUCAUAAAAACACACUGGUUGUUGCAGUUCAACAGGCUGCAUUUUGCCCCAUGAUGCAGCCCUCACGGACUUUGGACAUGAAGGAAGGAGGUCUAAGUCUGAGGAGUCAGAGCAGUUCAGCAAGUAGAAGUUCUAUGGUUGGAACUGAAACAGAAGACCAGUUUCUGGCCGCAGCGCCAUUGGUUUUACAUUCCAUUCAACAUUUUGCAGCAGGACGCAGCAUUUUAAAAAGGCCUCGAGAAGCUUUUGUUUCAAUUCAGUUGGAGAAACAGGGUCCACGGGACAUGAUGCUGAACACGUUCAUUCAAAAGAAACAAAUCCUGGGGACUAGAAUGCAAAAUCCUGAGGAAGUUGAAAAAGUCAAAAGAGAAGUUAUUGUUGAAUACUGCCAUAAGAUGACACAUCGUAUAUCACAAUACUCUCUUCGAAGUCAGAUCAUUGCUUAUUACAACAGUUUAAAAUCUAUGCUAGAUGAUUUCCCCAGCGUGAGAGACAAAUACUUCAUGAUUGGGCAGCCGCAAGAGAAGAAAGAAAAACAAGAAUUGAAAGAAAAGCCUGAAGAUGAUCCCAGGUCAUUCCAGACACGGCCUCGUGGCUUGCUGUCCACAGAUGGACAGUCCUUCUUGAAUCUGUGGUUCAUCCCUCACCCUUCUGAAGUCCUAUCUGUGUUUAAAAUGCUACCAGAGAAGACUGGCUUCAGAGCCCUGAGGCAGACACUGCAAAUUGUUGCAGCUUUUCACGACAUUAUUUCCUACAUUUUCAGCUUUGCACAGCUAGGAAAUGCAACAGGCUGCUUUGAUUAUGUGUGUCCUCCUGACCAUCUCACUGCAGAAUGGGGAGGGACUGAAUGGAUCGGUAUUGAGCUCCAAGACCUGCAGAAAAAAAUAGAUAAUCUUCAUAGUCCCUCAGAUCCGAAGAAAGUAGCCCAGAUGCUGAGCAUGCACAGAGAAGUUACACUUCUGCAGUUUGAGGCAGCUGUCAGACAUUCUGUGCGAGAAGCAUUUUUAUCAUAUGGAAAUGUUUCUGCCUAUCAGAGCAUUACGGAUCACAUUUACCAUGGGUUGCCUCCCAUAAGUAACACCAUUGUUGGAAGUGCCUUUGCUUCCCAGCUCCAGCUUCCACAGCCACUCGAUCCACAUGGCCACAGAGCACUGUUGUUGUUCCCCUGGAGAACAUUCCUAGCAAACACAGGUCCAUUUCCUGUUAUUAUCAGCAACCUAGACCCCAUAAGCUAUAAUAUGCAGCUAUGUCUGUGCGGACUGAACGAUGAGGAUCGAAAAGUAGCCCAUGGGGAGCUGGUCGAGAUGCAGCUUGCAAUGGAGGAUAUACUCUGGAGUAAUUAUGAGGGUCUGAAUGGUCACGGAGAACAGAGAACACCUUUCGGAAAGCAGAAUUUGGCAAUGACAAAUGAAGGAAGUGGAAAGACUUCAAAAGCACUGUUGGAGCUGCCUGAUUCAGUGGCUUCAAGUUCCUCGCAGAAAUCUUACCUGAUACUGUGGAAGCAACUGGAAAUUUUAAAAGCAGAAUGGGGAAGACUUAAAUUAAAAGUUGAUGAUAUCAACACAGUUCCUCUGUACAAGCAAUUUACUGAACAAUACAGCACUGAAGUUCUGUAUCCUGCUAUGAGAAGCAUAGCUAUACAUAUGGGUAAAGAAGAUGAAUUUGAAGGAUUUGGAUUGACAUCUCACUGUAUUCUGCCCCCUAAAGACGCUUCAGAAACUGAGAUAAAAACACACCAGCUGCAAAAACUCUUGGAAAGUCUAGAAAUCCAUAUGAUCCGUGAUGUACAAAAGAAAGUUAACAAAGAAAUAACGCUGGUUAUAUCUGAAAAAACAAGAGAAGAGAGAAAUCUCUCUACAGAGCUCUGGAAACAUCAUGGCAUGCAAGAAAUCUUCUCUGUCACAAGGCCAGAAAUUGUUGAAUCAUUUGUACAGAAGCUAAUGGAAAAUCACCAAGAAACUGAUGCAGAGAUAACCUUUCCGAAAGACCACUUACAAAAAUGCUUCACUGCUCUGGGUUGUGAUGUCAUGGCCAGAGAACGCAGCAACUUUGAGAGCUACUCCAUGUUUUAUGAAAAUAUACUCCGUCAGCAACAUCAGCUCCUCUAUCAAAAAGAACAAGAAAUGCAUGUUGUAGAAGACAAGCGAGGAAAUGCUGAGUUGGGUCUUAGUCAGGUAGCGGAGCUGAGUCAUGAGAUGAUUAUGGAAAUGAUGGCUCUGAGAGCUAGAAUUGCUGAUCUCCAAGGAGAAGCCCAUGGCCUCAGAGAUAAGAUCAAAAAAGAAGUGCAAGAAGAUUAUGAAGCACUGGUGCAAAACAUAUUUAUGAUCUGUCUGCAACUAAAAGGAAGAGUGGAUGAGUAUCGUCUAAGCAUGAGCCAGCGCAUGUUUGAUAUCAUCAGUGAGGUGAGAAGAGAAGGAGUGGACAAAAUGAUUGACUUGAAGAAAAAGUACGGCUCCACAAAAGAUAACAAGACACUCAAAGAACAUUUGGCUCAGCAGGGGCACCUGCAAACAUUACAGGAUGAAAACAACCAGUUGGGAGUUCUGCUAUGCAAACUGAAGGCUAUGAGCUGCUGGAAAGAAACAGUGCAAAAAGCACACUCAUCUACCACAUUGAGAGAAAUAGAGAAGGAGGCCAUUCAAAACAAAAAAGAGUAUCUGAAAUCCAAGCUGAUGGCAGAACAAGAAGCAAUUUUAUUUCAGCAGCAGCUGCGGGCUGCAAGGAAAGCUUGGGCAGAUUCUCAGACUGAGAAUAAAAGGCUGAAGCAACAGCUAGACAAACAGGGACACUUACUACAGGAAGUAGAACACAGGAUGAACCAAGAAGUUCACAGAAAGCAGCAACUAGAUCUAAUUAAGACAGCAAACUUGGAAAAAAUGCUGGAAAGCCUUGGAGAGAGAGAACUGAGACUGCAGUGUCUGACAGAAGAAACUGAAAGAUCAUCCAAGAUAAGACAGCUUCAGGGGGAAAAGGUUAAAAAAGAAAUCCAACAGGUAAGAAGUCAGCUGACCCAGGAACGCAGUUUAAAACUGGAUGCUUUCCAGAGGAUAAAAGAGCUGCAGCAUCAGCUGUAUAACUCAGAAGUUGCAGCAUCCCAGAUAAAUUCCUCUGCAGCUGUAAGAAGAAAGUCUGCUAAUACUUCACACAGUGCCAGCAGUAUAAAUCGCUCACUUUCAGGCUCUGCUUCAUGGAGCCAGAAUACAGGCAUUUCAACAUUCACGUUAACCAAGGACUUCAGGCAGCAGCUUUUGGUUGCUGACUCGGGGGGUAGCAGCAAUAUAAAACCAGAAAAGGUUCAGAGGCCCAAAACGGUACCUUGUGGGUGGAGAAAUAGUGUGAUAGAUGUUCUCUUGCCAGCUCUUACAGAAAACUCUUCUACGUCACCUGUGCAGUUUUGUGGACAGAAGACAUCUGAAAAAUAAGCUGCUUCUGCUUCUUUGAAGAGUUACUUGCUGGUUUGAUUCCAUGAAUAAAGUACAAAGCAGUCUUGCUUGAGAACUCUGGUCAUGCUCAAAAAUGGGAUGUUUUAAUUUGCUCUGUUAUCCAUAACUUUUAAGAAGCCACUUUCUCACCAGAUUCUCUAGUGCAGGGGUAGGCAACCUCAGGCCUGUGGGCCAGAUGCGGCCCAAUCGCCUUCUCAAUCUGGCCCGAGGAUGGUCCGUGAAUCAGCAUGUUUUUAUAUGAGUAGAAUGUGUGCUUUUAUUUAAAAUGCAUCUCUGGGUUAUUUGUGGGGCAUAGGAAUUCGUUCAUUUUUUUCCUUCAAAAUAUAGUCCAGCCCACCACAUGGUCUGAGGGACAGGGCUGAAAAAGGUUGCUGACCCCUGCUCUAGUGCCAAAAAUAUGAUGAUGUGAGGUUAUUAACUGGAUGAAGCUAGCAGCAAAUCCAGGACAGGCAACUGAAAGCCUUUAUUCAAACAAAUAUAUAAGGAAUGCACUGUCACAAGAUGUGUUUAUGGCAACAAGCUUAUUUGGCUGGCCAUGGUGCAUUUGCAUGACUUUGACCAAAUUCUGCAAAGCAAUUACUGGUAUGUACAUUAUGUAGCUGAUUUGUGUUUUGUCAUACUAUGAAAUCAUUUUAUACUUCCCAUUUUAUUUUUGUCUUUGACAAAGAGCUUUAAAUGAGAGAUCUGCUAGAUCACCCAACAAAUCCUCACCACUUGAAAUUUACUUUGGCAAAUGGAGAGGCCAUGUACAACACUCAUUGCUUUUUAUGGCCCAGAACAAGCUGGAUUUUUUGGAGAGGAGUAAAAGAUGGACACACGAACAGAAACAGUUUAAUAAAUGAUUUAUUUUGGUUUUGUGAUUAAGUAGUUUGCAUUUUCUUCCAAUGAAGACAACACACAUAUGCAGUACAGUAAUGUCUAUAACAUUCCAUUCUAGAUGCAACAUACUUGCAGGUGUUAAAUUUUACGGAAAAUCUGUAUUAAGAGCUUGGAAGUCACAAUUCACUGCCUUAAAAAUCUAUUUCACAGACAGAGGUUUUUUUGUUUUUAAAAACUGCCCUAUGUAUAUACUCCAAAAAGCAGACAGAAGCUGUGAAAAUCUAUUACUUUACCUAAUUUGUACGUAGUCAGGUUAAUGUCACUACCGGGGGGGGGGGGGAAACUGUCACUGAUCUAGCUAUAGAAGGUAAGAGGGCUCACCCUCACAGUCUUAGCCAAGGUUUGGUAAGUUAGUGAUAAAGCUUGGGUCUAGAAAAUCAAAUAUGCCAUUGCAUGAAGAUAUUAGAAAUAUCCUAAAGACCUAGUACACAUAUAUACCCCAACCAAGUAGAAAAUGCAGACUUCCUGAAGAGUAGCAGUGAGACCUGAAUUUCCUAAAGUCAUUGGAAAGGAAGAAUUGCUGGCAAUGGGGCAAGAUUAGUGACUAAAAUUCCUCUCCCCACAUUCCUUCAACAAACAUGUAGCUGACAGUAAUAAAAUUUAAGGCACUUGAAAGAUUCAUAAUGUUAACAUCAGCACAGAAAACAUGACUGCUUAGUGGUGUUUUAAACAGCACUUACUCUUGGCUCAGUAAUAAAAUUGGCUCAAAUUUCAAUUCUGGAAUUGUAAGUUGCACUGUUAGUCUUGAAAUCUUCUGUUACAAGUUUACCAGACAUAGCCAUUCAAGAGCCAGUAAGGAAGCAACACUAAAUAGAAAUUAUUUCUAAGUCUCACCACUAAGCAUAAGCUUAUUACAGCUUUAGAGUGCAAAGAGGCUUUCUUAAACUGUCACCGUUUAGAAGUGCAUUUAUUUAUGCUUAAGCUUUAGAAUAUAUUCAGAUAUUUAAUCUAAAAGAGAUGGGGAAUUAUGUUAAACAAUGGACUAUAUAGCUUAAGGUCAUUAAAUACCACCUACUACAGAUGUGUUGCUUGCUAAAAUUGGCUGGUCAAUUUACCAUUUCAUACACCUGAGCUGAUUGUCUUUUAGGAGUGCAGUUGCCUGAAAGUUACAGUACUGUUUGCUAAGUAUUAUUAUGAAUAAACUUUCUAUGCAACAUUAUUGAAGUGAAUACUAUUAGCUACAAGGGCUAGAGACGUUGAGCAAUUAAAAUGCAGUAAAAUUUUGCAAUAAGCCAUAAACCCAGAUUUGUCAGCAGCUUAAAAUCAAGCAAGCAAUAGAGCUAAUCCAAAAGCAUCACUUAAAGUUGCAUUUCUAGAAUUUAAACUAUCCUUGCCAGAUAAUCUGCAAAACAAGGAUUAGCAGUCUAUUUUGACAAUUAUCAAAAACUUACAUAGCUCCAAGUCCUCGGGCUGCCUACUUCCACCAUGACUAUCUGUGUUUUAUGAAACUAAAGAAGGAAACUGCAUUGAUAUAAGAGCAAACAUUCUCUCAAAUCCAUACAGAAUUAUGGUAGGUUUGUAAUAUCCACAAAUUGCAAUCACAAAAUGUGUCUACUGAAACUACUGCUCUGAAAUGUAAAGCAUGUCAAUAGAACUUUCCAAGGCAAGUAUUUUGAAGGCUAGAGACACAUGGCUUUAGGAACAGUAUAUGAAGAUUGCUUACACUGUUUUCUUUCCACA